AUGUCAGACGCAGCGUUGAACCUGACCAAAUUUGUACCACAAACAGAAGUUGCGCCAGCUCCCAUCAUACACGCGCAAUCUAAUGAUUUUUACGUGGUUGCUGCACCUGAUACAGUCAUGGUACCCGACGUAGGGUCUGUUUUUGUUGCCUUGCCUAUUAAAGUAGCAAUACCUCAGCCAGAACCUGUUAUUGUUAAAUCUGCAGCAGUUGCGCUACCUGAACCAGAACCAGUCAUUGCUGCCGAAGCAAAAAUCGCAACCCCAGAACCAGCGCCUGUUUUUGUUGCUUUACCUGAACAAGUUUCAGUAGCUCAGCCAGAAACACCGCUUCUUGAACCUACAAUAGUUGCAGAAUCAGAUUCACAAAGGCCUGUCAUUACUGACACACUACCACCAGUUCCAUUACCACAGACAGAGCCUAUUGUUGCGAAAAGUGAAGUGAUAGCCGCACCUGAAAUGGUACCUACAAAUAUCGAUACGCGACCAUCUGUUGUGAUACCCGAACCACAGCCGAUCUCCGCAGCUGGGACAGCCACGGCACCUGAACCGGUGCCAGCUUUCAUUACCGCGCUGCCAGCAGUUCCCGUGCCUCGACCAGAGCAUACUAUUACAAAGCCUAAAGUGAUAAUAGCUCCUGAAACAGAGCCUACACUUAUCGACACGUUGCCCUCAGUCGCAAUACCUCAACCAGAGCCUACUCUUUCGCCUAAAGCUGUUGUAGUACCCGGACCUGCAAUUAUUGGUGCACCGUCACCGGUUGUGUUAGAGCGUGGUCCCUUGGUUGUGGUACCAAAGAAGUCGGCGGUUGUCGACGCAUGGCACAGCUCCAUACUUAUGCCAGUACGUGCAACUGAAGUCAUUGUCGAUGAGGUUAUCACGACCGUAACAACCACCACCAGCACUACAACCACGACUACUACAACUACUACAACGUAA